AUGGAAGGGAUCAUAGGUGCCAUCACCACUGAGGCCAGUAAGCAGUUGAUCGGCCUCAUGGUUUCGAAGGCCAGGACUUUCCUGAACUCGAAUGCCAACUUAAAUUCACUAGAAGACGAACUCCUGAAGCUCGCUGCACGGAAGUGCAGCAUAUUAGAGAGCAUCGAUUGUGGUGUCAGGGAAGGCAAGUCAAUAAGCUCACAGACCAACAAGUGGCUCGAGGAUGUGGCGGAAACUGAGCAUGAUGCGCAGCAGAUCCUCGAGGAGAUCCCUGAGAGGAGGAUCUUGGGCCUUUCUAGUGUCAGCGCCCGAUACCGGAGCAGUAAAGCAUCGGCAGAGGCACUUGGGAAGGUCAAGAGGCUUGUGGACUCAUGCAACUUCCAGGUCAUGCUGGAAAACAAGAGGUCCCCAAUCAGAGCCGUCGAGACACGAGAGGCAGCUUCCCUUGAUGGCCAGGAAGCGGCUACAGAGAUGCUAAGGCGGCUCGCAGAGUUCGUGAAGGACAACUCAGUUAACAGGGUGGCAGUCUGGGGAACGGGUGGGGUCGGGAAAACGACACUGGUGAAGAACUUCAACAACAAGUUUGAGUUCCUUUUGACAGAGUUGUUCGACAUAGUCAUCUGGGUCACAGUCUCGAGGGACAUGGACCUGGCUCAAGUCCAGGCACAGAUCGCCGAGCGGCUCAACCUCGAGUUUUACGCAGGGGAGAGCAUGCAUAGAAGGGCUAAUAGACUGCACCGCAGAUUGAUGUUGAGGAGGAAAUCCCUCCUCAUCUUUGACGAUGUGUGGCAGAAGAUCGACUUGGAGGAUGUGGGUGUCCCGCAGGGGGAUAAUCAAGGCAAGUGCAAGAUCAUUAUGACUACACGAGUUUUCGAUGUCUGUCGGGACAUGAUGACCGAUGAAGACAUCAAGGUCGAUGUCCUGAAUGAUGACGCAUCCUGGAACCUGUUCGCACAGAUGGCAGGGCAGGAGGUCGAGAGAGAAGACAUCAAUUGCUUGGCGCGUGCUAUCUGUCGGAAGUGCUGUGGGUUGCCACUAGCUAUCAGAACCGUUGCCAUGUCGAUGAGAACUAAGAAGAUGAUCGAGCUGUGGAGAGACACUCUCCACCAGCUGAAGUGCCCAUCACCUCGCUCAUGGAUGCUCGAGAAGGAGGUUUUCUUGCCGCUGAAGGUAAGUUACAAUUCCUUGCCAAGCAAGAUUCACCAGGACUGCUUUUUGUACUGUUCCCUGUACCUAGCCAACUCUUCGAUCAACGUGGACGAACUGGUACAGUGCUGGGUGGCCGAUGGGCUUAUAGAUAGGCAUCAGAAUUUGGACGAGUCCUUCAAUAACGGGAUUGCCCUGAUUGAGAGUUUGAAGGACUCGUGCAUGCUGGAGCAGGGAGAUCGGCCUGGGACUGUGAAGAUGCAUGACGUGUGGAGAGACUUGGCCCUUUAUAUUUGCUGUACAGAACAAGAACGAGGGUUUUAUUGUCAUUCGAGCGUUGUUUCGUUGUAUGAAGACACGCCUGAAACUCCUCACAAGGUGUCGAAGCCUUCCUUGAGAAGAGUUUCACUUGUGAGCACAAACACGACUGACUUGCCAACCCGGUGGACGUCCCAAGAGCUCACUGUCCUGCUCCUGCAGGGCAACCCUAUCAAGAGAAUACCCGAAUCAUCCUUCCGGGAACUGAGGCAGCUGAGGUACGUGAACUUAAGCAGCACGCACAUAACUUCCUUGCCUCUCUCUCUCCUCUUAUUGAAGAAGCUCCAUUCACUCCUCCUGAGGGACUGUUGGCUCAUCGAAAGGUUACCUCCCCUUGGGGCUCUCCACAGUCUUGAAUUCCUCGAUCUAUCGGGGACUCGCUUGAGAGAGCUCCCAAAGGAAAUGGGUAAACUAACCCGGUUGAGAACCUUAAACUUGUCCCGGACAUACCAUUUAGAGCACAUUGAGUUUGGGACUCUGUCAUGCUUGUCAAGUCUCGAGGCCCUAGACAUGUCCUUUAGUGCCUAUAAAUGGGAUAAGAAGUCGAAUCUCGGAGAGCAGAGGGCAGCCUUCGACGAGUUGCUGCCCCUAGAGAAGCUCUCCACCCUUCACUUGAGACUAGAUACCUUUGACUGCCUCCCCGAGAGAGCCAAUAGUUUGAUGGAACGGCUGCGAAAAUUCAGGAUAUGGGUUAGUAUGAGAAGCUGCGAAUCGGGAUAUUUACCGAUUCAGCAGGACGAGAAGCGUGCCAUUCUUCGAGGAGUGGAUCUUAUGGUUCAAAAUAGAGGCCUGGAGGUCCUGCUACAGCAUUGCACCGCUUUGGACCUUGUAAGCUGUGGAGGCAUCAGCGAACUAUCAGAGAUCGUUACUAGGACAAGCUUGAAUGGGCAGCAGAACCUGAAGUCGAUCACCAUAACGGGCUGUCCCUGGAUCAGAAACAUCUUGAGCGGGGAGAAGAUCCUCAGGCCUGUCCUAACGAACUUGGAGCACCUCGGCCUAUACCACUUGGGGAAUCUGGAGAAGAUCCUAGACGGAAUGGUGCCAAAAGGCUGCUUCGGGAAGUUAAAAACCAUCGAAAUCUCAAACUGCCAGAAGCUGAAGAAGCUCUCUUCGUAUGCUCUUCUGAGGCAGAUCAGGAACCUCCAGGAAGUCAAGAUCAGCGAGUGUGAGGAGAUGAAGUUUAUAUUCUCCGCGAAAGUGUCUCGGAGGUUCCUGCCCAAGCUGAGGGCCAUAGAGAUAAGGGACCUGAAAAGCUUAAGGACCAUUUGUCACGGGAAUUCGACUUUCCCGAGCCUGGGUAGGAUCGAGGUGAGCAACUGCCCAAAGCUGCAGAAGCUUCCUUUCUCCUUCUGCAGGGGAUGUGCCAUUAGAGAGAUCAGAGGAGACUUGGAGUGGUGGAACAACCUCGUUUGGCCAGAUGAGGAUACCAAAGCCAGCCUUCAGGAAAGAUUCCAAGUGUUCAUAACCACUCCUCGCAGAAGAGAAGAUACACAGGGCUGAAGAGUUUGAUGCGAUUGCUGGAAGUCAGGAACAAGAAGCUACGAUGUUGCUGUCUUGAAAAUUUUUGUCCAAAACUAGAAAAGUGUGUGCCUGCAGUCUCGGAAGCAGCAUUGUCACGUCAGAAACAUUUCAACAGGCAAAUAGGAAUGCAAGAACAGGGCAAUAAAGGGGACAUCAUGUAACGUUUGUGAUACAUACAAAGACAUCAUAAUAUUUACAUAUUACCAUAUCAAUUAUACUGGAAGAAUAUUCAUCAGUUA